AUGAAUAAAGGUGAAACAGAUAAAGAAAACAGAAGUUUUUAUAAUAACUAUAACGGUUUAAUUGUUAAGAAUCAACCCAACAAUUUGCAACAACUACUUCAAGGUAUGAUUAACGUAUUGGCCCAAUCGCAAGAAUCUCAGAUAGAUUUUGAGGAACAAAUCUUCAUGAAGAUCCUGAUAUAUGCAGGAGAAAAUCAAGACCUGGUUGGAUGGCUAGAAUUAGCUAACAGCAGUUUUGAGGCGAACAAUAUUGUAGGCGCAAAAAAGCUGGCUAUUGCGAAUGCCAGUUUGAUGGGUCUUGCUGCGUUUUGGUGA